AUGUCUUCAUACCCAUCGACACUAACCACGCCCCCGCCGGCAACGCCAAAGACGAUCCUCCUCUUCCCCUCCCCCGCGGUAUUGGUGGUCGUGCUCAACAACCCACGGGGGCUGAACUGCCUGUCGACGUCGAUUCACUGGGCCCUGCACUCCCUGCUGGAGUGGUACGACGACGAAGCCUCGCUGCGGUGCUGCGUGAUGACGGGCAUGGGGAGGGCAUUCUGCGCGGGCGCGGACCUCAAGGAGUGGAACGAGAGCAACGCGCGCAGGGCGGAAGGUGGUCAAGGGCAGAGAGUGAUGCCGGCCAGCGGGUUCGGGGCCGUGUCGAGGAGAAGUGGCAAGAAGCCCGUCAUCGGCGCGAUCAAUGGAUUGGCCUUCGGCGGCGGGAUGGAGAUGGUGGCGAACAUGGACUUGGUCGUCGCGUCAAAGUCCGCGUUGUUUGCGCUGCCGGAGGUCAAGAGGGGCGUCGUCGCCAUCGCGGGCGCGCUGCCGAGAAUCGUGAGGACGCUGGGAAGGCCCAGGGCCAUGGAGAUGGCCUUGACGGGUCGGACAGUCUCGGCCGCUGAAGCCAGGGAAUGGGGCAUGGUCAAUGCGGUCACCGACGAUGCACCCGUCGACGCCGACAUCUUGGACAGGCCGGUGGUCAAGAAGGCCCUCGAAUACGCAAAGGACAUCUGCAACAACAGCCCCGACAGCGUCAUCAUCAGCCGCGCGGGGGUCAUUCAGGGCUGGGAAGAUGGGAGUGCUGAACAUGCGACCCAGAACAUCGUCGAGGUCUAUUCCAAGAGGCUGAAUGAGGGAGAAAACAUUCGCGAGGGCGUCCGAGCAUUCGUAGAGAAGCGCGCUCCACGAUGGGUCCCCAGUAAAUUGUAA